AUGCUAUCUGGAGGGUCUCUGAACAUGACUACCUUCCACUUUGCUUUCGCCCUCGUCCUAAUGCCAUGGACAAUUGGCUCCACCACAAUACCAUUACAGAAACACAUGCACUUCACUGCCAAUCCAGUGCAUCCACAGAAUUCGCCGCCACACAGUCCUACCGACAUCAAUGUGCAGAUCGAAGUCACCGGCAUCCCAGCUCGCCUUUGCAACAACAACACAGUAACCCAGCUGCUAGGAGAUUCCUGCCAAAUCAAUCGCAUUACCUUUAAACACUACACAUGUUUUGUUGAGGGCCACACAGCAAACCUUGGGGAUAUUCCAUACAACGCUAUGUUGGGUGUCAAAAAGAGUACACAGCAAGGAAAUCUUCUCACUGUAUGGCCAGUAUGGUAUAAAUUCAUAGAGAUGUUUCCCUUCUGCGACAUCCAGAAAGCCCACAGCUUCCUCUAG